AGGACAUGGGAUGGUCAGGGCCUGAAUUUGGCGUCAUCCGCCUCGGCGCCCUGCACAGCCGGUCUCACCUAAAAGCACCCCCGGCUCUGGAAAGGGAUUCCCAGCAGAGAAGGAAGAGGCACAGCAAACCUCUCCUGCCUGCACCCCGCGGGCCUCGGGCCCAGGGCGGCAGAGUCGCCGAGGCCCCUUUCCCGGCCGACAGGCCCCCGCUUGGCCGCGGUGGAUGCUCGGGGUCCGCCUCCGCCAGGCAGCCCCCCCGGCUCGCGGCUCCGGCGGCGGGCGGGUCCGCGCGGGCCGGGCCGGGCCGAGUGGCCGCGUCGGGAGCGGAGUGGGGCCCGAGGUCUGAGCCCGCGGCGUGGCCGGUGGGCCGGGGUCUGAGUCUGGGGCGGGGGCUGCGUGGGGAGGUCCGAACCGGAGGCCGAGGUCAGGGUCCGCGGUCCGAGUCCAAGGCCCGGCGGGGGUCCGAGUUCGGGUCGGCGCCGGGUCCGGGGCCCCGGGCCCGAGCCGGGGCGGGGCGGGGGUCCCGACGGGGUCCGCGCCCGCGUGGGGGUCCUCGGCCGCGGCGGCGGCACGCGCCCCAAUUAGCCGCGGGCGGGCGGCGGGGCGGCCCCAUUGAGGGCGAACAAAGGGCGCGACCCCGGGGUCAGGGAGUCGCGGGCCGGCGGCCGCCGCUUUGUUCGCCCGCCCUGUUUACUCUGCACGAGCAAAGCGCUCAAGACCCCGACUAA